GAGGGCGAGGCGCUCUUGCAAACUUCCCCCCGCGCGUAACGUGUUGCUCGCUGGCAGCGUCCAGCAUCCGAGUGCGCGCUGUCUCUCUCUCUCGCUGUUGUUGUUGCUGCAGCAGCAGCAGCUCUGGGCUCUCACAGGUGGGGGAAGCGGGGAGACCCCUCCCUCGUUCCAGAAGCGUCCGCUCCCCUCGCCCUCCUCCUCGGCGCUCUGGCGGGAGGGCGACGGCGUGGGCGGCGACGGCGCGGAGCGAGUGACUGAGGAGGGCGAGAGGCGGCGUCCGGGCUGGGGGCGGAUUUUUUGAGCCGCGUCGGGCGGGCACCUCAGAGCGACGGCGGCGGCGGGUGCAGCCAGGAGGGUCACUCUGGCGCUCUGCCUGAGGUGUCGCUUGGUCGGCCGGGGAGGCAGCCUCCCCUGGGCUCUGCCGCCACCUCCAUGGACGAGCACCUGAGCCUGCUGCGCUCGCCGGCCGCCCUGUCCUCCGGCAGGCACCCGAGGGGCGGCAGCAGCGGCGGCGGCGGCGGCGCUGGCGUCGUCGUCGCGGGCGUCGUCGCCGUGGGCAGCAGCCACCACAACUUGGGCUACAGUGAGCAGUUCUUCCCCGAAGGCGCGCUCUCGGGGCCCGGGGAAGGGCAGGAAGACGACGAGGAGGGCGUCGAGGAGGACGUGGGCGACGGGGAGCUGGAGGGGGGCAUGACCGUGGUGGGGGGAGAGGACCCUCUGCUCGAGGAGACGCAGCACCCCCAUGCCCUGCUGGGAGGGGAGCGCUACGACCACCCCUCGAUGGCCCACACCCUGCCUCCCCCUGGGCAUCACCAGGUGGGCAGCGGGGGGGACGCCGGGGAGCACGAGUGUUGCGAGCGGGUGGUGAUCAACAUCUCUGGGCUGCGCUUUGAGACCCAGCUCAAGACCCUCGCCCAGUUUCCUGAGACCCUGCUGGGGGACCCCCGCAAGAGGAUGCGCUACUUUGACCCCCUCCGCAACGAGUAUUUCUUUGACCGCAACCGACCCAGCUUCGAUGCCAUCCUAUACUACUACCAGUCCGGAGGCCGCAUCCGGCGCCCUGUCAACGUCCCCAUUGACAUCUUCUCGGAAGAAAUCCGCUUCUACCAGUUGGGUGAGGAGGCCAUGGAGAAAUUCCGAGAAGAUGAAGGUUUCAUCCGUGAAGAGCAGAGACCUCUGCCUGAGAAGGAGUUCCAGCGCCAGGUGUGGCUCCUCUUUGAGUACCCGGAGAGCUCUGGACCAGCUCGGGGCAUUGCGAUUGUCUCAGUCUUAGUUAUCCUCAUCUCCAUUGUCAUUUUCUGCCUGGAAACCUUGCCUGAGUUCAGAGAUGAUCGUGACUAUGACAGCACCACAGGGACAUUUGGGACCAGUGGUGGACCUUUCGUGGCAGAUAUCUUCCCAAAUUCCUCUUCUCCAGCAACCUCCAUGGUGUCUUCUUUCACUGAUCCUUUUUUUGUGGUGGAGACUCUGUGCAUUAUCUGGUUCUCCUUUGAGCUGCUUGUCCGUUUCUUUGCUUGUCCCAGCAAACCCACCUUCUCCAAGAACAUUAUGAACAUAAUUGACAUUGUGGCUAUUAUUCCUUAUUUCAUCACCUUGGGCACUGAGCUGGCCGAGAGGCAGGGCAAUGGUCAACAAGCAAUGUCUUUGGCCAUUCUCAGGGUCAUCCGGUUAGUCAGAGUCUUCCGUAUAUUCAAGCUCUCUCGGCACUCCAAGGGGUUGCAGAUCUUGGGGCAGACCCUCAAGGCCAGCAUGAGGGAGCUGGGCUUGCUCAUUUUCUUCCUCUUCAUUGGAGUUAUCCUCUUUUCCAGUGCUGUCUACUUUGCAGAGGCUGAUGAUCCCACGUCCAGCUUCAGCAGUAUCCCUGAUGCCUUUUGGUGGGCUGUAGUGACCAUGACUACAGUGGGUUAUGGCGACAUGCACCCAGUCACUAUUGGGGGCAAAAUAGUAGGGUCUCUCUGUGCCAUAGCUGGGGUGCUGACCAUUGCCUUGCCUGUGCCCGUGAUAGUCUCCAACUUUAACUACUUUUAUCACCGAGAGACGGAAGGUGAAGAACAAGCCCAGUAUAUGCAUGUAGGAAGCUGCCAGCAUCUCUCCUCCACUGAGGAGCUGAGGAAAGCUCGGAGCAAUUCCACUCUCAGCAAGUCAGAGUACAUGGUGAUAGAAGAGGGAGGCAUCAGCAACAGUGCAUUCAAACAGGCUGCCUUCAAAACAGGCAACUGUACAGCCACAAACAAUCCAAACUGUGUGAAUAUUAAAAAGAUCUUUACGGAUGUUUAAAAGACACCUUUCAAGGAUAUAUAAAAAUAUUACAGAAGGUCUCCGUAAUCAGUAUUGUGAGGAACAUGCACCAUCGUCAUUCUUUGUGCUCUUGUUUAAUACAUGUACUUUUCUGAUCCUUCUUUCUGAAGAUGGGCAUUUUUAGAAGGUAAAAAAACCAAACAACUAAGCAGAUGUUAAGAAAGCAGAUAGAUAAGAGGAUACAAAGAAGUCUGGGCUGCUUCUUCUAGAAACAGGUUUUUGUUCUGCGCUGUUUGUUGCCGGGCUUUGGGGUUUUGCUGGGAAAUUUAGCAAAGAGCAGCUCAUUUGUUGAUUUUCCUUUCCUUGAAUGUGUGCACUUGUUGGAAUGAAAGUUAUGAAGUGAAAGAAACGCGGAUGCAAGUGUGUUGCAGUGAGUAGAAAAUAUAGGCACUGAAAUUUCACAAAGCAUCUCUGCCAUCAUGCUGCAAAAUGAUGCUCACAUCAUCUAAUGCGUGUCAUACGAGGGUACAGUUUUGCUUUUGUUAAUGCCAGGUUAAAGCCUGUGUGCAGUCUGAAUUUGCCCUAGGCAUACGUAUAAUUGUUUUGAUAUAGCGAGGGGAAAGUCUUCCUUGUAAGUUUGGAUUUCUUUGAUCCACAGAACUACAGAAUUGCUUCCUUGAAUUCAAAAUUCCAGCUGCACAAUAUAGUGGAAAAUACUUCUUCCUACAUCACAAGGUUGAACAAUUGUCUAACUGGAUCAUAUCCUGAGUGUUUGGCUUUCUGCAUAUCAUGAAGUUUUAGGCUUCUGGUAAGUCACUGAUGGGCUUUUCACAGUGACUGUAGCCUCAGUUGAAACCCAUCGAAACCUUAGAAACAAAGGGGGCAUUUCCAUCCAUUGCCAAUGCAUUUAAGAUAAGCGGUUGCAUCUAUCACAAGAAGAUUAAAGUGGCAAACACGCCUUGCAGCGGAAGUUACUAAUUUGGACCUGAGUGAUGCAGUUUCCAUAGCAACUUUGGUUUCCUGGGAAACUCCCAAAGGUUGUCAUGGCAUCCAUUCCCUCCCUCCCCCAGUCCUUUGCUGUUUCCAUAGUAACCCUUCCAGAUGGUUCGAACUUCUGUGGUUCCGCAGAAAAGCCGCUGCUCUGAUCACACACACACACACCAUUAAUCCCUGAGAGAUUUAGGUGUGGAAACUAGGCAUUAUUCUAUAUGCACCAUUUGUAGAUGUGCAGAAUUCUAAAAGUUCUGGAGCCUAUAGAAGAAGGGGAAAAAGGAUGAUAUGGAAUAGUUUUUGUUGUUCUGCACAUCCUAAAAGAAUCAUAACAUCUGUUCCAUAUAAAAGCAAGCUUCAAACCCUCCCUUACAAUUUGGUGCCUGAUAAUUGAAAAGUCUAUAUAUGCUACCUACAAAGCUGCAUAGAAGAUUUAUAAAGAUGACACCAUCUCUGCUUCUUUUGAUGAAAUGAUACAUUAAAUCAUGGCGCAUGACCUAGUUUUAUGCAAAACACCCCUCCUGACACAAAUGGCAGCUCCACUUUCAAAGCACGUAUGGCACUGAAGAACAAGACCAAAAGCAUUUAUUACAGAAGGAUGAAAAUCUGGGGAAAUAGAUGCAGAUGAACCCAAAAGUGUUGGGCUGAGAAAUAUUCAAAUCAUCUGGGGAAUGUAUACUCGUAUACACACAACUGGGGCUGUGGAAUAUCAGACAGACACAGAAUUCCUCUGCCUUGGGACUCCAGAUGCAAACUUCAGCUCUAAGCCUGCAACCAGAGCUGCAAGGAAAAAGCACCCCAUAAGAGUACAGCCAGAGCAUACAGAACAAAAGAAGCUGCAAACUGCAGACAAACAUUCCAGUCCCUACAAUGGACAGGCAACAAGGCAGCCAUUCCAUAUUCUGAGAGGCAAGGAUGAUUCCCAUCCCUAGUAUCAUGCAGACCACAAACGGCACCUGCAGCAAGCAGCAACAAUAACAAUAACUAGUUGAAGACAGAUAUGCCUUUGUUGGGCUACAGCUUUUCCAUCAGUUUCCAAGCAUACAGAAAUCCUGCAAGAACGCAAAGACAACAGCCUUGAUUCUUCUGUGUUGCUGUCAGAACUUAUACCUGCCACUGAUAUGGUUUAAUAAAAGCUGGGAUGUUGUGAAGCUGUGUUUCAGCUUUGUCUGUUUUCUCAUGACGCUUGGCAGAUAACAGAAGAUGUCUCAAUAAGUGCAGCAGAAUGCUACCAACCUCUUAAAUACUUACUAAAAAGAACCACAGACACCAGGAAGAAGUCACUAAUUAUACUAUAGCAUCGUGCACCGAACUGAAGGAUGGUCUGCCCUCUUCUGUCUCAGUAUUUUAACUUGUAGUUGUAUAACAAGUUCUAUCUCUGUGUUUUCUGACAAGUGCAUUAUGUGGAAAUGAACAUCUUUCAUGUUGUAAGAUAAAACCAAACGCAAUAUUAAAAGAAAGAUCAAAGCUGGGGGAAAGGGGCACAAUUAUGUGGAUGUUAUUUCUGCCUUUAUAAAAUCUCAUGCAAGCUUCAGUGUCUAAGAACAAAACUUCAAAUGAGCUGCUAAUAAACAUUCCAAAUGUG